AGUAGGCAGGGAUCAAGUGCACACAGCUCAUCCGCUGGGACUGCUUCUCCACCUGAAUACAGAUCCCAGCUAAACAGAGAGAGAGAAGGAGAGAGUUUUUUUUUCCAGGUAGAAGGAAUGCUCUACUGCUUGCUCCAUUCAGACUAAAAGUUGUGAAAAGUUUUCAUCCACUUGACCCCAAGGAGACUGAGCGAAGAUGGCAGGCCAGCCAAUGGAGCUGGCAGCACUAUUCCUGACUCUGUUGGGCUUCAUAGGGGUCUCAGCCAGCACGGGGAUGCCCAUGUGGAAGGUGACGGCUUUCAUCCAGGAGAACAUUAUCGUUAUGGAGACUCGCUGGGAGGGUUUAUGGAUGAACUGCUACCGCCAGGCCAACAUCCGCAUGCAGUGCAAAGUGUACGACUCUCUGCUCUACCUACCUCCGGAGCUCCAGGCUUCCCGUGGCCUCAUGUGCUGCUCGGUGGCGCUGGCUGCCAUUGGCUUGUUCAUUGCCAUCACGGGAAUGAAAUGCACUGCAUGCAUACAAGGAAACGACCGCGCCAAGCGUAUCGUUCUCAUUGUGGCUGGCUGUCUCAUUAUGCUCGCCUGCCUAUGCUGCCUUAUUCCGGUCUCCUGGACCGCCAAUGUGAUCAUCCAAGACUUCUACAACCCCCUACUGAUCGACGCACAGCGAAGGGAGCUUGGCGAGGCGCUCUACGUUGGAUGGGUCUCCUCUGUAUUGCUUUUUGCUGGCGGGUGCAUUUUUUUGUGUUGCAGUGGAUCAAACGAAAAACGGCCUGACCAGUCUCGCAUUCCUUACAAGAGGGAUGUGCCGUACGUAGCAUACCAACCUCAGCCACAACCAGCGAUGUAUCAGCCCAGAUCUGCCGCUGCCUAUAGUUUUUCCUCCAGAGAACCAUCCUUCAUCCAGACGUCAACUCAACCAUCCACUGCCCACACAUACAGACAGCACAGCUUCGUCCAGCCAUCCAGGCAGCACAGCUUCGUCCAGCCGGUCAGACAGCACAGCUUCGUCCAGCCAUCCAGGCAGGUGUCGGUUCGUAGUGGUGUUGACUAUCUGUGAAAAUGACAGGAUAAGCACGAAUAAGGACAGAAAAGGGGUUACGAUAACCUCAUCUGAACAAUAUGUCUUUAUAAGCGUAUUUAUCCUUGACUAACCUUACUUGACAGGUUUUAUUUGACAUCAGCUUUCUUUGAGUGUGUAAAUCAUAUGUACGUGGCUUACGUUUAAAAAGUCAAGAUGAUUCACUGUAAUGUCCAGCUAUUCUCCACCUCUGAUUAUUGAUUAUAUUUUAGAAAAAUGUGUCCAUAAGUUAUAUUUAGUGUUGAUUGUCACAUUGUACUUAAGGAUGAUACAUUAAAUUAAUGACCGUUUUUUUUUUUUUUUUUUUUUUGGAAUGUAUGAGGGAUUUGUUUAGAGGGUGAGACAAGUUCCUUGCACGAAACGAUGUUUACCAAACUCUUUGUGUACUCCUACAUCGUAGUGAUCCGUGUGGCCCAAGGCUAUUGUUUGAAAUGUAAGCCAAUGGGACUACAUUGUCUCAAAUUAUUCACUGGAACACUCCCUUUAUAUCCAUACACACCAUACAGGUAAAGCUCAACAAGGACAACAUACAUCUAAUAAACUUUUAUUGGUAUUACAAAUACAAAUUAGUUUUAUGGCAAAAGAACAGGUUUGACAUUUGAAUACAAUAAUCUAUUUUUUUUUAAUGGAGAUUUAAGCUACAAAUGUUUAUAUAUGCACUUAUAAAAUGUAUUUUCAUCCUGUUAUUUCACCAACUCUAU